GUUCACUUGACAUCCUGCUUGUGCUGUGAGAGUUUGGGAUUUAAAAAACUAGUGAAGUGAGCUCCAGCUUCAGGAAUUCACUCAGCUUCAUUUGGCAGGCUCGUUGAUAUCUCAGGCUCAGGUUACCAGAAUCUCUGAAUCUCACACGCACCAACCGACAGCUGUGACCAGGAAGCCCACCUCGGACAUUUUACCCCGCCAAACGCAUCGCAUCACCCCCACCCCUCCUUAGGGCAAGUGUCGUCGAUCGACUUCAUGGAAAAUGCCCUUUCCAUUUGUACUUCCAACCACGUCACCAUUCUCCUUUUCCAAACAUUUCAGCAGCGAUUCUCACCCCUCUCUUCCCUUAUCGGCAAGCACCUAUCGUGGCGUGCUCCGGGAUUGCUUGAAGAAACACAAGCGUUUACCACCACACGAGCAGUCCUCAAACCUCGGAAAUGUCAUUCUCGCCUUGAACAACUACAUCCCGUAUCUUCUAGUGCUAGAUGAAGGUCUAGGAAGUCGACCGGUGGCUGGGGAGGAGAUAGAUGUGUUGUUGAAAGACACACCGACUUUGCAAUGGAGAUCCACCAUCUCGGAUAACCCUAUUCCAGGACGGGAUCGCGGAAAAAUCAAGAUCGCAUCUUUGGAGUAUGAGAUUUAUUUUGUGCUCUCGAUUCUGGGGUAUUCACAGACUUUGCUUGCGAGAGCGUCACUACAUCCUCUUUACUCUUCCGCAAAUGCCUCGCCUAGUACGGAACAGCGUACUCUGGCGAUCACUACAGCUACCAAGCAUCUAUUGUCCGCAGCUUCAGUUCAUGAUUACAUAUCUACACGGACUGAUCAGUUGUCUUCCGAUCCACCAUGUGUAGAUAUCACCAAGACAGCUUUCCGGGCUUUUUCAUCUCUUGCGAUGGCUGAAGCAACGCUCCUGGCUGUUCUGAAAGAUGAUCCCUAUCCAGCGGCCGUAGCACAGGAUCGUAAUAAGAAUGACAAGGAAUGGAUGAUUAAAGCGCCUGAGAUUCCCAAGGUUAGAGCACAUCUCUUCGCCCGUCUAUGUUUAGCUGCUGCUGAACAUGCUGCCAAUGCACAUUCGUUAUUAAGCACCGCAUCAGGGAAAGGAAAGGUUGAUGCGGAUUUACUCAAGUACGUAGAGGAUCUACGAAAGACGGGGAGGGGAAAGGCAUGUCGAUUUUUUGGGAUUGACGCCGAGCUUGGUGGCCAGACUGGUGUGGGUAUUGCGUGGUUGCAGGCUGGGACCUAUGAGUUGGGCUUUUCUUCUGCGAGGAAGGAGGACGGGAGUAAGAAAAGUCUUAGCUUGGGACGAUUGAAGAAAGAUUGGACGGAGAAGAAGGAGGAUAAGAGAAUUGAGAAGGGAGCAGCUUGGGGGUCUGACGCCGGGAGGUUAGAGGAGAGUAGGGUGAUUGAGAUGCUGGAUAAGAAGUGGAACAAGAUGAACGAUACCGUAAGUCUCAAACGUCGUUUUUCUUUUUCUUCCUUUCCUUUCGAACUUGACUAAUGGUAUACAGAUCAACACCAAAAUCAUACCCCAAAUCGGACCUCUAAUGGCUUCCAUGCCAUCAGGACGAGAAAUCCACAGUAUGAAACCAUUCGUACCCCCAACUCUAGACCUCUCAGUCCUGGAAGCCAUGCGGGCACCACCCGAUCGAGUGGAUGACUACGGAAGUGCAGAGGACUCGGACGAGGAAGGUGGGGGACAAACACCCGUGGGAGCUUUCCCCGGGACGAAAACGGAUUACCGGAGUGAGAGUAGGAAUAACUACUUUUGAAUGUUACUGUACUGUACUGUAUUUACAAGAGUCUUCCC